AUGCACAUUAAGUUACUACUUGGCCUGGCAAUUGCCAGCGUCACUGCAGCAAAAGACUCCGUCUCGUCCAUGUUUGUCUAUGGUGCUCGCCAGCAGUCCCUCGAAGCAUCGAUUAUCGGCAACGAUGCCACUGUGACGAGCUAUAACAUCAAUUGCCGUCCAGGCACAGAUACCUCCGACUGCGACAUGGGUGCGGGUCUCACCCUCCUGGCUGGUCCAGCAAUGACAACUUAUUUUAUGGAUAAUCCGUCCAAAGAUACUGAACUUACUGUCAUCUGCUCUGUGGCGGAGAAAGAAUCUUCAGCUGUUUGCUGGCAGACUGCGAGGGGAACGGGGACUCAAUCUCCUGGCAUCCACACCACCACUGUGCGCACCAGCUUUUCCCAGGUGCCGGUAACUAUCACCGCUGGUGAGGUAACAAGUACUACUUCAACCACUACAUCGACGUCUAGUGCGAGUACGACGGAGUCUGACUUGACUUCCUCCAGUAGUGGCGGCGUGGCGCGGAUCACGGGCGAUGCUGGAAUGGUAGUUGGAGCUAUUGUGGGGUUCGCUGCUUUACUGUAG